ACCAAAAUCCAGAAGCGAAUCACCACCAAAGACCACAGAGAAGAAGAAGCAAUGGGGAGAAAGAAGGGAUUACCGGAGUUCGAAGAGACGGCGCCGGAUGGCUUCGAUCCGGCGAAUCCUUACAAGGAUCCGGUGGCGAUGGUGGAGAUGAGAGAGCACAUCGUCCGUGAGAAGUGGAUCCAGAUCGAGAAGGCGAAGAUCAUGCGGGAGAAGGUCAAAUGGUGUUACCGCGUCGAAGGCGUCAACCAUUACCAGAAAUGCCGUCAUCUCGUCCAGCAGUACCUCGACUCCACUCGCGGCGUCGGCUGGGGAAAAGACCACCGUCCUGUCUCGCUCCACGGUCCCAAGCCUGAGGCUGUUGAAGCUGAAUAAUGCUUUUGGUUGCGCCUGAUCAUCAAUCUGAGGUGACCGAGCUUUUAAUACAAGACAUGAUGAAAUGGUCUUUGGACUGUGCAGAUUUGCUCUUGUUUGUUCUUUUUUUCUUGUUUUGUUGAAACAUGUCAGUCUUUGGGCUGGCGGAUCCAUGGAAGGUUUUAUAAGCUUCAGUAAUGUAUUGAUAGCCAAAUAAGUUCAUUUUUCAUGUUACUCUUUACUCCAA